CAAAUUAAAGGUGAUUUUGAUUUUAAAAUUAAAGAUUUUAAAUAUUCUUUAAAAUGUCAUAAAAGAAGGCUUAAAUAUAAGUGGAAUAAAAAGUACCAGAAAGUAUUGUUAAGAAAACAUAAAGAGAUUCAAAAUUAAGAGACCUCGUUGUUAAAAAAAGAGCAGAAAGAUUAGGGUAGAAUAAAGUUAGAAGAGCAUAAUUAGAAAAGAGUGCUUAGGCUUACGAAGCAGAAUAUAAGGCAACAGAAAAGAGUUUAGUUGAUAACAUUCGUAAGGCAAAGAGCGAAGGUGGAUUCUAUGUCCCAGCUGAAGCUAAAUUGAUUCUUGUCAUUAGAAUCAGAGGUAUCAACACGUUGAAUCCAUAAGUGAGACAAACUCUUAGGCUUUUGAAAUUGAGACAAUUACAUAAUGCAGCUUUUGUCAGAAUCAACAAAGCAACAAUUGAAAUGAUCCGAAAAGUAGAACCAUACAUCACUUAUGGAUAUCCUUCAAGAACAGUGAUUAAGAACUUGAUUUACAAGAGAGGAUAUGCCAAAGUCAAUGGUUAAAGAAUUCCAUUGACCUCAAACACAAUAAUUGAUUAAUAACUUGGAAAAUAUGGUAUUCAUGGAAUUGAAGAUCUUAUUCAUGAAAUCACUACAGUGGGAGCACAUUUCAAGGAAGCUAACAGAUUUUUGUGGGCAUUCAAAUUAAGAGGACCAAGAGGAGGAUUCAUUGCCAAAAGAAGAUCAUUUAUCAAUCAAGGAGAUUGGGGAAAUAGAGAGGAUCUUAUCAACGAUCUUGCAAAAAGAAUGAUCUGAUGAUUGAGUAGAUUAAUGUCAAUACAGUAUAAUAAAUACAUUAAUUUUUUAA